AUGUCUGGUGUUGUGAUUCUUUCCGCUGCAAGAACACCCAUUGGAUCAUUAAAUGGAUCAUUGUCCAACAUUCCUGCUCAUGAUUUGGGGAGCAUUGCUAUCAAAGAAGCUUUAAACAGGGCAGGGGUUAAAGGAGAAGAUGUGUCAGAGGUCAUACUGGGUCAGACACUUGUAGCAGGCCAAGGACAGAACCCAGCUAGACAAGCAUCAGUGAAAGCUGGCAUCCCCUACCAUGUCCCUGCCUGUGGGGUCAGCAUGGUUUGUGGUUCAGGACUUAAAGCAGUUGUCCUGGCUUACCAGGCAAUCCAGAGUGGAGAUGCUUCUAUAGUUGUAGCCGGUGGCCAGGAGAAUAUGAGCAAGGCUCCACAUUGUAUUCACAUCCGAGGGGGAACCAAGUUUGGAAAUGCUCAGCUCACUGAUACUAUGUUGCAUGAUGGACUUACUUGUGCCUUUGAUUCUUGUCACAUGGGAGUUUCAGUGGAAAAUGUUGCUAAACAGUGGAAUGUGUCCAGGGAGGAGCAGGAUCUCUUUGCCUUGAGGUCUCAAGAAAAAUGUGAGCAGGCACAGAAAAAUGGCAACUUUGAUGCAGAAAUUGUUCCUGUGGUUGUACAGUCAAGAGCAGGAGCUACAGAAGUGAAAAAAGAUGAAUUUCCCAGAUCAGGUUGUAAAAUAGAGGGUUUUCAAAAACUGAAGCCAGCUUUUCUUACCGAUGGGACAGGAACAGUAACUGCAGGAAAUGCCUCAGGAAUCAAUGAUGGGGCUGCAGCUCUAGUCAUCUCUAGUCAAGCGAUAGCAGAUGCCAAGGGUUUAAAUCCUUUAGCACGUAUUGUUUCAUGGGCACAGGCCGGUGUUGAACCUUCUCUGUUUGGAGUUGGCCCUAUUUCUGCCACCAGGAAAGCUUUGGAGAAGGCAGCCUGGCAGGUGGAUGACGUGGACUUGUUUGAGCUGAAUGAAGCUUUCGCUGCACAGUCUAUAGCAAUUAUUAAGGAUCUUGGCUGUUGCCCUGAUAAGGUCAAUGUAAAUGGAGGAGCCAUUGCAUUGGGUCACCCUAUAGGAGCAUCAGGCGCCAGAGUGCUGACAACUUUACUGUAUGCCCUGAAAGCCCACAACAAGAGACGCGGUCUGGCCACUUUGUGUGUGGGGGGUGGCAUGGGUAUAGCCAUUUGUGUGGAAAACCUGCAGGCUAGCUAG